UUGCGUGCUGCUAUUAUGAAAAAUUGUCUUUUUAUCGAUUUCAUUUCGUGAUUGUCGCGUCUCGUUCGUACGUGAUAGAGAUAAAGUGAAUAUUGCGAUUUGGAGGAACGAUCGCGUUUUGAAGCGUCUUCAGAGAGGCUGCCUGGUGUACAUCGAAUGCAGAGAACUGCGGCAGCGCAUUCGCUUGGUAACAUUGUGCUUCGCUCGAAGAAAUUUGGCCCACACUCCUGACUGACAGCAGUGUGGAGAAGCUGCGUGAUUUGCCCACUGUCAGAUUUCACGUUCGUUGAUCGUGCAAGGAGGCGUUCAGACCGGGGACAGUGCAGAAGAGAAUAGUUUGUCAUCGUCGGCAGGGCGAAUAAUCCAGAACUAGCCGAACGAAUCGGUCGCACGUACACGCCCGCCCACCAACAAGCAUCUUGCCGCAGUGUGCAGAUAUUUUUUUGCAGCCUACUGGCAGUAGUGUGUGCCCGAACAAAAGCGAAAACAACAAAAAAAAAAUAUACAUAAAUAUGGCUGCCCUGCCCCGUAGAAUAAUCAAAGAAACGCAGCGCUUGAUGCAGGAGCCCGUUCCCGGUAUUAGUGCUAUUCCGGACGAACAUAAUGCCCGUUACUUUCACGUCAUCGUGUUCGGGCCAGAGGAUUCUCCGUUCGAGGGAGGACUCUUCAAGCUAGAACUGUUCCUGCCCGAGGACUAUCCGAUGUCCGCACCGAAGGUGCGUUUCAUAACAAAGAUCUACCAUCCCAACAUCGACCGUCUGGGGCGAAUCUGUCUAGACAUUCUUAAGGACAAAUGGAGCCCGGCGCUCCAGAUCCGCACCGUGCUGCUCUCGAUUCAGGCACUACUCAGCGCCCCGAACCCGGACGAUCCGCUUGCCAACGAUGUGGCGGAACUGUGGAAAGUGAACGAAGCCGAAGCGAUCCGAAACGCCAAGGAGUGGACGCAACGGUACGCGAACGUCGAUAACUAGAGUCUGAUAAACCAAUUUCCUUAAAUUACACACACACAAUAACUUUUUUUAAAAAAGAAAAUCCUUGUAACGAAACGAUAAAAUUAUUAGCGGCAUUCGGAGCAGCAAAUAGCAAGCAGCAGCAGCAGCAGCUCCAGUAUCCCCAAGCUGAGGAAUCACUCGUGUGUAGAAAAGAGUAAGAAAGAGGGAGACAGAAAGAGAGAGAGAGCGAGCGAGCAAGCAAAAGAAAGAGAAAAAGCUGGUGGUAGAGCAAGAGCGAGAAAAAAGUAAACGCGUGCGCGCGAGUGUGUGUGUGUGUGUGUGUGUGCAUUUGAGUGUGUGCGUGUAUCUGAAGGUAUUUCCACAAAUGGAACAUCAUCAUCAUCCUUUCAAGCAGCAACUGUCAAAAAUCGUUAGCGCGAAAAUUCGCAAUCGUAGAAAGGACAAACAAAACAACCCAAACUGUUGUCUAUGACGUGCAUUAAAUGGCCUCGGGGAUGCUCAUUUAAAAUCGCCGAUCGCGCUUCUAAAUUGUUCGAGCUUGUUUUCAGCCAGUAGAUAGCCUCUUGGGCCCAUGGACCUCCCCACGAAACCAUCAUCAUCGUGUACACGGACGAGAGCGGUUGCUACCAGCAAAACCCCUACUACACACUUCUUGUGGCACCGGUGGGAAGCAUUGCAUAUGCGCGGAACAAUAGCGAUCCACAGUGUGGCGUGAGGAGUUAAUCACCUAAAGCUUAUUUGCUAUAUAAAAAAACGAACGUACCCCCUACUGAUGAUAAUGCAGUGCACUACGGCGAAGUGGGGGAGAAAUUAUUAUUACACGUCCGCUACUGAAAAUUAUGGUGAGUGUAUCGAUUGGGAAUGAUGGCAAAAUCCAACACGACGCGCGCCGCCCUACGUUGUGUGCUGCUUCGAAUUGAGGCACAAGAAAAUGCGAAUCCAAUAUCAAAGUAAUGUUAUAUUCGUAAAGUUUGAUAAAUAAGCUGAAAUAAUGAUAUGAAACAAAUCUCUCGUUAGGCUCAAAAGUAAGGGUGUGAGGAAAGGAGGAUUUAAAGAUCGUAGAGAAGGAUGUGUUAAAUGCUCGAAACGUCUCGUUAUAAAAGCAUGCCUUCGCGCUCUUUGCUAGCCAUUUGUCCUAUAACGAUAUCACGUAUUUGGGUGAAGCAAAAAAAAAACAAGAUUAAAGUAACUUGUAGUUUCGGAAGGGAUCCGUGAGGUAACUAUUUAUUAAGCUCGAGCCUUAUAGAAGCGUAAUUCCUUGGUUUGCACUGUCUUAUUAGUACUCUUCUAUCUCGACUAUUUAUCAACGGUACACGUACGUCGCGUAGUAUUGUUUGAAUUGAAUUGUUUCUUUCGAGUAAUGCAACCCAUUCGUCUUUUGCAACCACACGCAGCAAAGCAAGUAUUUUGGGCAAAAUUAUACGUAGCGUAGAUAAAGAAGCGACGGGAUGUCAGGAUAGGUAUAACCCCUCCCCAAAAAGACACUAGCGAUGCGAGUAUAAGAGAACACAUAAUACAAACCAAAAGUGCUGCCUGAGAAAUACCAAACCCAUGCCGUGAACCGUGAAUAUCAUAAUGGUUAAACAAGCACCAAAACGGCCACUCUGUUACGAGCACAUACACUUAAUUCAACUCUAUAAUAGCUGCAUGUAAACGAGAGACAAAAAAGAAUCGCGUACACUUACUAAAACUCACGGCAAUCGAACCCUUUUUCGUGGAUUUAAUGGGCAAAUGGAAUUAUGAAUUAUCUCUGUGCAGGAGAGUGGAAACAGAAGGAAGGUAAAGCUGCAAACGCGCGGCUGUAGGACGCGAACGCGUGUAGUCGGUAAGAAUAGUAGAGAAUAGUCCAAUCUAUAAGCAAGCAUACAAGCCAAGCAUGCGACAGUCGAGAGAACGCUGCAUUGUGCAAAACCAACCGAUUGCGCUAUCCGUUGAAAUAAUCAAUUAAUUACUAAAAAUUGCCACCAGGAAAACGCAUUGAACCGCAAAAACUCUAUUACACAAAACACAACAUUAACGAAAAGUGACACACACAAAUUACACUACGAAAAACAAAAAAGUUGUAUAUUAGAAUGAAGAUUAUAAAUAAUUGAAUGAAA